AGCAGACCGAGUCCACACAGGAAACAUGGGACUGCGGAGUCACCGAGGGGGGGGAACUCUUCUCAGCGACCCACCACAGUAACUCUGGCCGUCCUGGAAAAGAAACCUCCAUCUUUUCUUCACCUGUUUUUUAGACUUUUUCACUCUGCUGAAGGACCGGAAGAGAGCGGAAGACGUUAAAUGACAUCCGUGUGUUUCUGAUACCUGAGGCAAAUUAAAGUGCCACACCUUCACUUUGCACGACAGCAACACGACACAUCUGGCCAAAUGGGGUGCCAAUGCUGCCGGAUGGUGAAAAGCUACAUCUACGACCCUUCAACGGCGGUGGAUGUGCGGAAAAGCGACUCUGUGGGCAGCUCCCUCUACCAGGGCCAGCACCACGCGGGCGGUGACCCCGGCCGCGAGCCGCAGGGCGACCACAACAAGCAGAAGCAUGGCUUCCACAAUCUGGGCUACAGCAAGUCCAACGACAGCACACUCAAACUGGAGCAUGACAACAACCAGGUCAACCACAGGCUUCACUCGGCGCCGUCACUUGCAAAGGAAAUGCACCAGCAGGCGAGCGUGCCUCCCGCAGGAGGCGGGCUGUACAUCAUUGAGCCAGAGGCGGUAGGACGACGAUGGAUGGACAUCGAUGCAACCCAGGUGCCUAUUUACCCCAACGUACAGCAGUACGAAGACCACAGGAGCUACAGCGAGCCGGAGCACGAGGCCAUGACGAACGGGUGGGACAGCUCCAUCACCACCUGCACCAUGGCGGGCAGGACCCCGUCAGUGGACGAGAUCGACGAGGGCGUUGGGGGGACGCCGGAGCACCUUUGGGACACCGGGGACGAGGGCAGCGUCCUGUCCGUGGACAUCCACACCAGCACCACCAGCUUGUCCUCUGGCGGCACGAGGGAUGAGCUCACGCUGCCAAAGACUGCGGACGUUUGCACAGAGGAGAGCGGUAUCUCUGUGACGAAGAGCGAGGAUGAGGAGGAUGAGGAGCAGGUGAGGAAAGACCAGGCGGAGGUACAGAGCGUCACGGACUCUAUGGUGGCGGAGGCUCUUGCUGCUUUGGAGGCCGCCACCGCCGGGGAAGAUUCCGACUGAAAAACGAACCCUUAAAGCUACAGUAUGUAACUUUUACGAAAAAUUUGAUUUUUAAAUAUUUGUGGAAACUGUUACAGUGUCGUGACGAUAUAAUAUGAGACAGAAAAUCUCUCUGAGCUACUAUUGCUGUAUGAAGAAAUUUACCGCUCCUGGUCAAAAACAACCAAUCAGAGCCAGGAGGAAGCUGUUAGGUGCUGUCAAUUACCCUUGUGUACUCGCUGCUAAAUGCAGUAAUGGUGAAGAAUCAACUUGCCACUCCAGGGAAACUGUUUAUCCGCUGUCAGAGGUGACCAUGCUAAGUAGCCUUCACAUUCAUGACAGCCUCUGUUGUGGUGAACCUGCUGUAGCGUAGCGAAUGGGGAGGGUGUGAGCAGCGCAUACAUGAGGGUGACUACAGAUUAUCUGUCUCAUAGUACACUGUCAUGACAUGGUGACAACUUUAACAAAUAUAUUAAAAAAAGCUAUUUAAAAAAAAAAAAGUUACCUAAUGCUGCUUUAAAGCAACUAGACAGAACUAUCAGAACCGCCAUAAAACUUUGCCAAAGUUCUGAACAAUGAAGUUUUUAUCUAUGGAUGUAAAACAAAUGAAGGAAAAACUCUGUUUGCUGGAAACAGAUUUAUUUUUGAAGUUGUGGACGAUCUUUCCUGUGACGGAGGGAUAAUAUCUGCCUUGUGAAGGAGGCUUCAUUCUCAGAGCUGCAACUAAAGAGACUCCAACGUCUGGACCGAACACGGCCUGCAGCUGGACCACGGUGCACCGUACACUCCACGCUCCUAAGAGGCUGUAGGUACUCCGACACGGACAUGACAUCAGCAGGAUAUUUUAAUUACGAUGCAUAGCUAUUGGUUUUAUUACGGGAGCCCACAUUUCUUUAGUAACCACAAGCCCAAAUUGUGACCUCUUUAGGAAUCCAUCAAUUUAAAGUGCCAUGCAUACCUUUAAACAACCACAAACUCUAGUGUGUUUUAUUGAUAUUUUAUGUGAUCUACUGAGACAAAACAGUUUCUAAUUUUAAAGUGGGGAAAAAAACAGUUUUUUGGGGGGGUUUAUGAAUAAGUGAAUAGUUAGAGAUGCACUUAUUAAGUAAAUUCUUCAUAUAACCAUCUUUGCAAAAACAAGUUCAGUCAUAUGACUGUAAAUCGGUUCCUACGUCAUGAUGCAGAUUCUCGGUUGGGUUUAGGUUGGGACUUUGACUGGGACACUAUUACGCACAGUUAAUUGAUCCAAAGCACAUUCUUUAAUGUAUUCCCUGGUGGUGUUAAUGGAGUUUAUUUAGAGGUAUGGGAGCAAAAAGGGGUGAAUAUAAAUGUACGCCACACUUUUUAUUCUUUUUAUUUUUGAUAACGGUUUGAACCUUACUGUUCUGCUCUUUGUGGUGAUCUAACAAAAUAUCAAUUAAAUACAUAAAGGUUUGGGACUGCAACGUGACAAAACGGAACAAAUUUCAAAGGGAAGGAAUGGUUUUAUAUUGCUGUGUAACUAAGAGAGACGGAAAGGUCAUGAAAUCCCUUUUUACAGGUGAUUUAUUGUUAGUGUAACUCUAUUGCGUUUUGGUGUUAUUUAUAAAGUCUUCACCUUUAACUCACAUAGAAACUGGGAGUAUUUAACGGCCAGAAAAGAGCAGAGUUGCCCUUAUUCAUAGCUCUUCUUAUUUUAUGUCCUCGCUAAUUUCAGAAUAGCACAACAAACAUAAAAUCAGGCUGCAAUUAUAAAGAGAAAGCAAUGGAAACAUGAUUCAUGCACAUAAUUAAUGUUCUUUUUUAUUUUGAAGAAAUGUGUCUUGUUUUUGCCUUCAUUUCCUAGCUUUUACAGCCAAGGUUAACAAGCCAAGCAAAGGUCAAUUAGCCUCAGUGCACAACUCAACCACACAAGCGCCUGCUAACUUCUCGUUGUUGUUUUUUUCGGUUUUAAAGGUCAAGCUUUGGAUUUGUUGUCUAGUCUGUGACAUCCGUUCAGCUCAUGUGCCUGAAAACGAGCUAAUUAAGGCUGACUGAUUCCCGAAGAAGUAAUCCGGAUGAAAUGAAGGAGAAUCCCCAUUUUAAUCGUUUGCCUGCCAAAUCAUUUCUCCUCAUUGCAUUUGUACCGUAAAAUAAAAUCAGUGUAAUAAAGGCUGUGUGAAAUAA